GGGAGACAGAGAAUGGAGCCCUCAAAGAAGUCGACGUUUAAAAGUGAGCAAAAAUCAAGGAAAUUUUUGAAAAGCCUUAUACGGAAGCAGCCCCAAGAACUCCUGCUAGUAAUUGGAACUGGGGUGAGUGCUGCUGUUGCACCAGGAAUUCCAGCCUUGUGUUCGUGGCGGAGUUGCAUUGAAGCGGUCAUCGAAGCAGCUGACCAGCUAGAAGUGUUACAUCCCGGAGAUGUGGCCGAUUUCCGUCAAAAAGUGUCCAAAGACCGAGAUUUGCUUGUGGUUGCCCACGAUUUAAUCCGAAAGAUGUCACCGCGCACAGGGGAUGCUAAGCCCAACUUUUUCCAGGACUGUUUAAUGGAGGUGUUUGACAACUUGGACCAACACAUUCAACAUCCUGCUGUCCUCCACUCCAUCCUCCAACUAAUGGAACGGGGGACGAUGGUGCUUACCACCAAUUAUGACAACUUACUUGAAAUCUUUGGACAACAGCAGCAUAAAGCUAUGGAAUCGCUCGACCUGAAAGACAAAGACAAGGUUCUCCAGUGGGCCAAAGGACACCUCAGAUAUGGUGUCCUUCAUAUUCAUGGUUUGUACACUGAUCCCUGCGGAAUGGUGCUGGAUCCCUCAGGAUAUCAGGAAGUGACCCAAGACCCUGAAGUGAUGGUAUGUGGAUUCAAAGGAUGGGCAAGCUUUUUUGUUGAGGAGCUGUGGUGGCAUAAUGGUUAGAACAGGGGU